AUGUAUCUUCCACGGCAGCUCAUCUCGCACCUAUACCUACAACUCCUCCGAUCCCACCAUCCGCUCUCUCCGCCAGUCCUGAUUCUCGUGGCUCUCGAACCGGACGCGCUGUGUGCUUGUCGAAUUCUAACCGCCCUACUAAAACGCGAUUAUAUCCCUCAUAAAAUUCAACCUGUUGCCGGAUAUGGCGACCUGGCGCGUGCGGGACAGGAAUUGGUUCGGCCUAUGCAGACCACAAAUGGCGGCAGCGGAGGUGUUGUUGUAUGCCUGGGUGUAGGUGGUUUGGUUGAUCUGGGAGAGAUCCUUGCCUUGAAUCAGCCAGAGGAUGAGGUGGAAGAAAUGGGAGGCGUCGAGAUUUGGGUCUUCGACGCGCGCCGGCCGUGGAACCUAGGGAACGUCUUCGGCGGACUGGCUGGAAUGACGCAGGCGAUGGCCGAGAUUGAUGUCAAUGCGCAACGGCGCGGACGGGGAGUGGACAAAGGCUGCAUUACCCCUGCCUACAGGUCGAAGAACGGCGGUAUCAUCGUGUUUGACGACGGUGAUAUCGAAGAAGACCUCAUCAACGAACGAGAGGCAUAUCACGCGCUUCUCGAGAUGCCUGAGGUAGACGAUGACGAUGCGAGUGACGAUGGGUCUAUAAUGGAUGAUGAUGACAUGCAAAACGGUUCCAAGAAGCGCAAAUCGUGGUCAGGACGUGAGGAUGAGGACGAGUCUGAAGAUGAGGAUGGCCCUCCUCGACAACGGAAACGAAGUAAUUCGGGCUCAUCUAUAAUGUCAUCCCCAAGUCAUCGACGACGGGCUGCAAUCAAUUCUUCAAAUUCAUCGCGCUCCGGCACUCCAACCGACUCUCCUUCCCCCACCGAGCCAGCACAAUCGUCGGCCCGAUCCUUGAAACGGCGUUUGGUGCGAUUGAAGAAGAAACACGAGGCCGUGUUGCAGACUUAUUACUCGGCAGGAACUUCAUAUUCGGAGCCAAUCUCGUCAUUAAUCUACUCUCUAGCAUCAGAACUUGGUCGCGAAGAUAAUGAUCUCCUCUGGCUAGCAAUUGUCGGCGUAUCUAGCUUAGAGCUAAGUGGACGAACCAUGACUGGUGUCAGUAUCUCAAAUACAUCAGAAUCUGGAGGAUCUGCAGGCUGGGGCGGACAACGAGGAGAACACAUUCGUCAAAUCCUCCGAGAUGAAGUACACCGUCUGAACCCGCCUGAUCCCAUGGAACGGGAUCGUGAUAUCAGAGGAGAGAUCAAUGGGGUCAUCCCAACAACCGCAAGGUCUCCUACGGACACAUCGAUUCGACUCUCGCCCGAGCCGCGCUUCUUACUCGUCCGACACUGGUCACUCUACGAUAGCAUGUUGCACAGCCCAUAUCUGGCGCCCCGACUUCACGUCUGGACGGAAAAUGGCCGCAAGCGCCUGCACAAGCUCCUAGCCAAGAUGGGUGUUAGUCUAAGCCAAUGUCACCAGAAUUACACACAUAUGGAUAUGGAACUGAAACGGGUUCUGCGGGGACGACUUCUCAAGUAUGCACCUAUGUACGGUCUGGAUGGUCUGGUCCCUCCAGAACCUACCGGUGGACAUGCAACUUCCAGAGAAGGCUGGGGAUUUGUUCGUUGCUGGGGCUGGAAGGCAUGCCUGUCUGCUACCGAUGUCGGUGUCAUUAUCGGUGCCAUGCUUGAAGUCGGACCACACGAAGCCUCGGGAUCCUGGGAUGCUAAACAUCUUCCACGGCCCCGAGGGUCAAAUGAGGAAGCGGAAAGCAGCGUUGUCAUUGGGGAAUCUGAUCUGGCAAGCCUUCUGCCGCGAUUUUGGAGUGCAUACGACGCACUUUCGCUGACGUCUGAUUCGCCUACACUUCUGACGGAAUCUCUGCCUUUAGCCCAGCACCUUCAUCGCGCUAUUCUCCGCACUGGAACGUCUUUGCUAUCCAAACAUCAAAUUCGUCACCUACGAGCAUUCCGCAUUGCGGUCGUCAAAGAUGGGCCGGAUGUGAAACUUUUCACUAAUCCUGGUGCUUUAACAAAGCUAGCCCUUUGGAUUGCCGAGGCAAUUCGGAUACAAGAACGCGAAAAGGGGGACUCGGUCAAAAUCGGACGGAAGAGGGCAGCUGGUACUCCUCUCGUUCUUGCUGGACUUGACGAGGACCGGGAUUUGUAUGUCGUGGUAGGUACUGGUGGUGGCGGCGGUGUCGUUGACUUUGCUGCUAUGUCGAAACGGCAGGAAGAGCGACGAAAGAAGAGAGAAGCGAAGGAAAUAAAACAAAAGGAGAGGGAAGAGCGGCGGGCCAGGCGCGCUGCGGAGCGAGCGGAACGAGAGGACGAUGAUGGUGAAGAAGAAGAUUCCGAAGAGUCCGAGUCAUCGUCCGAAUCCGAGUCUGAGGACGAGGAUCCUCGAGGGAAAAAGCACCUGUUGCGCAAUCGAUUCGGCAUUGCGUUCCAAGAAGUAGUCCAAGAGACUAACGCGCGUGUCCGUAUCGACAGCUUCGACCAUUGCGUCGUCGAGGUGCAAAAGGACGAUUUGGGUGGCUUCUUGGAAGCGUUGAGCUUCCGCAGCGUUGUGGGCUGA